GUUGAGCAUGCUGGAGCAUGAGUGCAUCAUCAAGCUUGUCAAGGUCCUUGAGCCACCUUCUACUGUGUUCACCGAGGUUUACCUGGUGACGGAGCUCAUGGAUGCAGAUCUGCACACGGUGAUUUGUUCUGACCAGCCCCUCAGCGAAGACCACGUGCAAUUUUUCAUUUACCAGAUCUUGCGGGCCCUGCUGUACUUGCAUUCUGCCAAUGUGGUGCACAGGGAUCUGAAGCCUCUGAAUGUUCUGGUAAACAAGAACUGUGACAUCAAGCUUUGCGAUUUCGGUCUCGCCAGAGGACGGGCGGGCUUCGACCAGGACGAUGACACCUGGCUCCGGACGGAGUACGUGGGCACCCGCUGGUAUAGAGCGCCGGAGGUUAUCCUCACCUCCAGGGAGUACACGGCGGCUGUAGACAUGUGGAGCGCAGGAUGCAUCCUCGGAGAGCUCAUUAGUCGGGCACCCAUGUUCCGUGGGGCGGACUUCUUAGACCAGCUGCGGUCCAUUUGCGCCAUCGUGGGAACCCCGGAGGAGUCCGAACUCUCCUUCAUACCAGAGGAGAACCAGGCGGCCAGGAACUUCCUGAGAACCAAGUAUCCGGGUCUCCCGCGCCAGAACUGGAAGGCGAUGUUCCCGCAUGCGUCUGACACCCAGUGUGACCUCCUCGACAGGCUUCUUCAGUUCGACCCGAACAAGCGUCUCACGGCCCACGAUGCCCUGCGGCACGCUUACCUGGAGGACCACCACGACGAGGAGGAGGAGCCUCUGGCAAGCGGCCACGUCGACUGGGCCUUCGAUGAAACUGCCUUGGAUGCUGACAGCCUGCAGUGGCUCGCCAAGUACUAG